AAGUGUCCAAACACAGAGAAAAACUCCUGCUGAAGCGACUGAUCUCCACACUGUUAUAAAGAUGGCGUUUAUUAAAGUGGAGAGUGAAGAUGUGAAGAUUGAAGAAACAUUCAGAGUCAAACAGGAAGAUCUGCAGGAACAAACAGACCUAAUUGAAGAGAAUGAGGGGAGUAAAGAGGAGCAACAUCAUGUCAAAAUUCAGGGAAAAAUUCAUUUACAGACUGAUGGUAUUUUGAAGAAUCAUUUCACCUGCACUCAGUGUGGAAAGAUUUUUGGAAGAAAAGACAAUCUUAAGACUCACAUGAGGACCCACACUAGAGAGAAACCAUUCAAAUGCACUCAGUGUGGGAAGAGUUUCAGCCAAUCAUCACACCUUAAUGAUCACAUGAAAAUCCACACUGGAGAGAAACCAUUCACAUGCACUCAGUGUGGGAAGAGAUUCAGCAUAUCGUCAUCCCUUAAUCUACACAUGAGGAUCCACACUGGAAAGAAACCUUUCACAUGCACUCCGUGUGGGAAGAGUUUCAGCCAAUCAUCAAACCUUUAUACACACAUGAGGAUCCACACUGGAGAGAAACCAUUCACAUGCACUCAGUGUGGGAAGAGUUUUAACUGCUCAUCAAACCUUUAUCAACACAUGAGGAUCCACACUGGAGAGAAACCAUUCACUUGCACUCAGUGUGGGAAGAGUUUCAGCCAAUCAUCAUCCCUUAAUCUACACACAAGGAUCCACACU